GCACGAGAAUCACAUUUCCAUUGAAACUACGUUGGCAAAGAUCUGCAGCUGAAAAUAGCUGUAUGAUUGAUGUAAAUUGAAAUAUGUUUCUUCCAGUUGAUUUUUUGUAUAUCUUUCUGGUGUUUUGUGUUGAUAGUCGAGGGGUUGUAGCGCAAUCUUCAACAACGUUGUUUGCUGGCGAUUACCCGGUUGUCGCAUAUGCGAUUGGCUCAACUGCAAAUGUUGCCACAACCUAUUUAAUGGCAUGCCCAGCGGGUUCAAACCCCUCGACAUGUAACUUUCAACAGCCAUACACGUUAACGCAAGGACCCUCAACCGUUCAAUAUGCAAUGACAUUCUCUGGCUCCACAACAAUGACUUUAGGUUGCGCACUGUCCGGAUCCGCAUCAAUGACAUGUCAGGCGACCGAAUUGAUCCCCGGAACUACCAAAUUUGCAUCAACAACCAUUACCGGGGCUGCAGCUACUUCACAAUUCCGAGCAAUUUCAAUUGCUACAGAUUCUGUAGCUUUACUUACGUAUGCUGUUGUUGCGACUACUGCGACUAGUUCGAGCGCGAUAGCAUCGAGUUCUAGUGCGGCAGUAUCAGAGACAAGUUCGGCUAAAAGCACAACUAUUACAUCUGCACCAAUAUUGGUAGAGACAAGUAAUGGAAACACAACUGGCACUAUUGGAACGAGCUCGAAGACUUUGUUGCCAGGAACUGCGACUCCUCUGUCUUCAUUGUCGAGUGUUGCUUGGUCAAGUAGUAGUCCUACUGCCUCCAGUGUCGCUCCAACGAGCUCUUCGGGAGCCGGGGUAAGAGAUGGUGCUGGCCUUGGAUUGUUGGGAGUUAUGUGUAUGAUUGGUAUGGGGCUUCUGGGAUUAUGAUAAUAUGCGACGAGAUAUGAGGGUAGGGAACAGGGAUGUCAAUUACGAGGAAUGGAGAGGACAUGACGGCAAAUUAUCAUGGGAUGGUUUUGGUUGAUUGAUGUGAGCAUGUAUGUGAUUAUGUUUCGGGGUUGGAAAGCAUUUUAUGGUUGUUUAUAGCGAACGAUGGCGACAGUAUAGCGAUUUGUAUAAAUUCUUAGAUUUCGUACAUUGGGGGGAAGGAAGUGUUGAGUUGAUAUGAUUAGUGAGUUGUUAGAUGAGAUACCAAUUUUAGAAACCCUUUCGCCA